AUUUCCAUUUCCAAGCUUCAACUAGCCACUAAAUUUGCUUUAAUUUCAGGCCCAAAUUUAUGAAACAAAUUGUCCAAACAUAACGAGGGGAGAGUGGAGAGUAGUGAUCACCAACUAUAGAGAAAGAGAAAGAAAGAUGGACGACACCUCCGGUAACCUCACUGCGGUGUCCGAAGAGUCCGAAUGUUUAUCACCUUCCUCUCCGUCCGCUUUCGCCUCUGUUCCUCCUCGCCCUCCUUCCCAGAAUUUUUCAGAAAAAUACUCGCCGAUAGAUUGGACAGCCUAUUUUGACCAGGAGGAUGAUAUUAGCAUACCAGACACUGAUAAUGUUUUUCAUGUAUAUAAGGCUGGUUCAGAAGGCCCGGUGAUAUUUUGUUUGCAUGGAGGCGGAUAUUCUGGGCUUUCAUUUGCAUUGUCAGCGAGUAAGAUUAAGGAAAAAGGUCGGGUUGUGGCCAUGGACUUGAGAGGACACGGAAAAUCAAUUACAGAUAAUGAUUUGGACCUGUCGAUUGAGACUUUAUGCACUGAUGUGGUGGCUGUUUUGAAGACAAUGUAUGGAGAUUCCCCUCCAGCUAUUGUAAUUAUUGGCCAUAGCAUGGGAGGUUCUGUUGCUGUGCAUAUUGCUGCAAAGAGAACAUUACCCAGUUUGGCCGGACUUAUAGUUGUGGAUGUUGUUGAGGGCACAGCCUUGGCUUCAUUGGUCCACAUGCAAAAAAUUCUAUCAAUCAGGGCAAAGCAUUUUCCAAGCAUGGUAAAAGCUAUCGAAUGGAGUGUGAAAAGUGGCUCCUUGAGGAAUAUUGAUUCUGCCCGUGUGUCAAUUCCUGCCACAUUAAAGUAUGAUGAUUCUAAGAAAUGUUUUGUUCACCGAGCUUGUCUGGAAGAAACAGAACAAUACUGGAGAGGCUGGUAUGAGGGUCUUUCAGAAAAGUUUUUAUCAUCUCCUGUUCCAAAGCUCUUGUUAUUGGCAGGGACAGACAGACUUGACAGAACUCUCACUAUUGGUCAAAUGCAAGGCAAGUUUCAGAUGGUGGUUGUCAGACACACAGGACAUGCCAUACAGGAAGAUGUACCUGAUGAAUUUGCAACUCUCGUCCUCAAUUUCAUCUCCAGAAAUCGGAUAGGCCCCCAUGGCAUUGAGAUACCUGGUCUUCGUAGGCCACCAAAACAGAAACCUCAAGUAGAUGAAAAUUAAAAGAUAAUUUAAGGAUGGCAUUUGAACUGAAAGACCAUAGAGGAUAAGAUUUGUGAAAUGUACAAAAUGGUAUUGUGUACCUAAUCUGAAGGUUCUUGGAUAGAUUGUUAUAGUGUUUGGCUCAUUGUGAGUUGUGUUAUAUUUAUGCACCUUGGUAUAAUUAUUUCUUGCUUUUUGUUUCAAAGGACAUGUAGUGGAAGAUAUUUCAUGAACAUUUGUAGUUAAUUGUUUUGCCAUGAGGGUUUAGGAUGCAGUGCAGCAGUGGUAUUUUCGCCUAUCA